AUGAACACUUUGCUGCGUACUAACCAACUCGUCAAGAUGGCUGCCCAGCAACAGAAAAGAAACAUUGUCAUUGUCGGUGGCGGCAUCAUCGGUUGCACAACCGCCUACUUCCUUACCCGCCAUCCCAAAUUCGACCCGGCCCAGCAUACCAUCACCCUCCUCGAGGCCAGCUCCAUCGCCGCGGGUGCAUCUGGUAAAGCUGGCGGUCUCCUCGCCCUCUGGGCUUAUCCCGAAUGUCUCGUUCCCCUCUCCUACCGCCUCCACCGGGAACUUGCCGAUGAGCAUAACGGGGGCCAGCGCUGGGGUUACCGGCAAAAGAUCGGCUGCGGAACUAUCGGUGCCGUCGUCAAGAAUGCCGACCUUCAAGCUCGCGGCCAGGGGACAUCAACUUCGACAACCGCCGACCUGAAGGAACCCGCCGACACUACCGCGGCAGCUCCCAACGCCAACCUUCCCAUCCAAGGCACCGACAACAAAGACUCGAAAGAUUCCGAAAAGGACUGGGAAAAGCUUCCCAAACAAGACACGGCCGCGACCUCCCUCCUCUCCGAAUCAGUCCUCCCCUCUGACCUCGACUGGGUGGACUCCUCGCUCGUUCGCUCGUGGGACGUCAUGGGCCGACGGGGCGAGACGGAAACCGCUCAAGCGCAUCCGUUCCACUUCACCAACACCAUGGCGGACCUAGCCGCCUCUAAAGGCGUCGAUAUCAGGUUGGGCGCCAAGGUCACCAACAUCACCUCGUCCUCCUCCUCUCCCAACGGCCGGGUGGACACUGUCGAAUACGUAGACCGCAAUAACAACGACGAAACAAAGACCAUCACGGACGUAACAGACGUGAUCCUAACCGCCGGUCCCUGGACGGGUAAGAUCCUGCCCCGGUCCAAGAUCGAAGGGUUGCGCGCCCACAGCGUGGUGUACGAGGCGGAAGUGAGUCCGUACGCGGUGUUCACGGACAUUGAGCUGCCGAGCGAGUGGACGCCGGAGCACCGAAGGGAAAAGGGGCAGAAGAGGAAGCAUAGAGGUCAUGUGGAUCCGGAGAUUUAUGCGAGGCCGUUUGGGGAGGCUUAUGCUUGUGGCGAACCAGACAAAAACGUCCCUCUGCCCGAAACAGCAGAUCAAGUCCAGUGCGACGAAGACCAGUGCAACGACCUGAUUUCCUACAUUGCCACCAUCAGCCCGGUUCUCGCGUCCGCCCCCGUCAAAGCUAAGCAGGCCUGCUACCUCCCUCAGCAUGUCCGAUUUGGAGAGGAGAGAGGCCCGCUUAUAGGCCAAACUUCUACGCCUGGUCUGUGGAUUGCCGCCGGACAUACGUGCUGGGGAAUCCAGAACGGGCCAGCCACCGGCUUGUUGAUGUCUGAGCUGAUUUUCGAUGGCCAGGCCAAGAGUGCGGACAUUGACAAGCUGGACCCCAAGAAGUUCAAGGUUUAA